AUGUCUAUCCCAGUUAAGGUUUCUGAUAUGGGAAAUCUCGACAUGUUCGAAAUCCUUCGUGUUAGAAAAGUGGAGACUCUUGAAAGGACCAAACAAAAGAUAUACUUGGCUACACUAGAGGAAGACCCCACCGUGAAGAAAGUUCUGAAAGUGUUCAAGAAUACCAAGAGAUCGUACCAAGCUUUCCUGCGUGAAGUGAGAGUGUUGGAGAAGAUUUGCCAUCCCAACGUCAUGGUCUACGAGAUUUCGAUGUCUUUUCCUAAACACAACGUCAUUGGCAUGCCGUACUGUGAACUCGGUGCCCUCUACAACAUGAUAGGCAAGAUCGGUCAGCGUCAGAUUGACCACUACCUCCUUCAGAUGUGCAGUGCUGUCAAGUACCUCCAUGGUCAGAACAUCGUACACAGGGACAUCAAGCUGGACAACAUCUUGCUGGACGCGGAGCAUCACCUGUACAUCACGGACUUCGACAUGUCCUGCAAGGUCCAACCUGGCUGUGUGCUGGUCAACAGGAAGGUUGGAACUGUUCCGUACAUGGCACCAGAGAUGCUGCAAAACCCGGAAGGAUGGUACGACGGAUUUAAGCUUGACAUGUAUGCCCUUGGCGUAGUGCUGUGGUGCCUGCUCUUCCAAUGUGAUUGUGACGAGCCAGAAGAAACCCUGGACUACCUGAUGAUGACCAAGACGUUUGUCUGGCCGUUCCCCAUGCUGUUGUAUAAGAAUAUCUUGGAGAACCUUCUCCACCCUGACCCCGCCUCUAGGUGGGAUAUCUCACAGCUGAUAGAAACUCUGGGAGCGGCCGCCUGGCUGGCAGAGAGAGUGCAGCAGCUCUAG